CCCCCAGCACUCAGCUCCCCGGCCCAGGAGCAACACCCUCGCCUGCUCCCGCUCUCGCUGCCCGGUGCCAGGAGAGGCGAUGGCCGGAGGACGGGACGUCCCGCUGGUGCUGCUGGCUGUGCUGACCCUGCAGGGAGCGGGGGCCGUUAAGGUGGUGUACACGUACCAGGCUGAGUUCCAGCAGCGGAUUGAGCAACUGCAGCAGGAGGAUGGGCAAUUCCUGCAGGGGUUCAACGCUGAUGAGGAGCUCCACGUGGACCUGCAGAAGCAGGAGACCAUCUGGCGCCUGCCCGAGUUCGGGAACUUCGCCGCCUUUCAGGCGCAGGGAGCCCUGCAGAACGCGGCUAUAGGCAAAGAGAGCUUGGAGAUCAUGAUGAAAAGGUCCAACCGCUCGCAGGCAACCAUCGUGCCACCCGAGGUGAUGGUGUUCUCCGAGGACCCCGUGGAGCUGGGGGACCCCAACGUCCUGAUCUGCUACGUGGACAAGUUCUGGCCCUCUGUGAUCUCCAUCACGUGGCUGAGGAACGGGCAGGAGGUGACGGACGGCGUCCUCGAGACUGUUUUCUACCCACGGGAGGACCACUCCUUCCGCAAGUUCUCCUACCUGCCCUUCAUCCCCACCCGCGGGGACUACUACGACUGCCGCGUGGAGCACUGGGGGCUGCCCACCCCCCUGCUGAAGCACUGGGAGCCCCAGCUGCCCCUCCCCGUCUCCGAGAGCACCGAGACCCUGGUGUGCGCCCUGGGCCUGGCCGUGGGCAUCGUGGGCAUCAUCGUGGGCACCAUCCUCAUCAUCAAGGCCAUGAAGAUGAACAGCGCCCGCAACCAGCGGGACCCCUUGUGAGGGGGCAAAGCCCGGGGCUCCCUGUCUCCCCCCAGCCGGACCGUCUGCACCCUCAGCCAGUCCUCGCCUCAGCCUGGUGGGAUCUGCUCACCCCGGUGCCCCAUAUCCCUGCCCCACCUCAUCGGCACCCCCUUCUCCCAUGUGUACCACAUGCAGAUGUGCUGGAGACGGCUCCAGAGCCAGAUGUGGCAGGGGCCUGUCCCCACAGCGGGGCAAUUCCUGCAGAGCCCGGGGGCCUGCGCUGGUCCCAGCACGCAGCCCACACUGCGCCACAUUGGGUCUGCCUGUCCCACAGCCCCUGGCCCCACAGCCAUCUCCCGCUGGGGACGCAGCGCCUCCUCCCAGCCCAGAUGCGGGGUCUGCCCCACAACCCCCUGAAGGGAGGGGAGGGGUGCCCUGCCCCACAGCUCCCCCUCGGCGCACUGUCCUGCUCCCUCUGCUCCCACUCCACUGCUUUCUCACCACAAUAAAGUGGGUUGAGGUUGA